AUGCGUGAAAGCCUUUCGUUGAGGCACAAGAAUGGAGCAGUUAUUCUUCUAUUUCUUCACAUUGUAUUCUUGAUGGAUACCAGUGUUGAGUGGAUGCAUUUGCCACUUCGAAGUUGGAGGAGGGAUGAGCUGAUUUGUUCAUCAAUUCAAGUGAUGAAUAUUCGUGAACUACCAGCAGUGGAUGAAGUCUUUACUCCCUCACCAGUUAAUCAAAUUAGAAAAGCUCCAUCCCCGAACAACUUCAUCUCAGUUCGAUUGAAUACCAAAUUUGAACGUAGGCUGACUUUGGAGUCUUCUCUGUUGGCUCCAGAUACUCCGCCACAAUCUCCAGGCAGCAUUGAAUUCGGGAAUUUUCGAACACCUGCACGUCUCCGUGAUAGGUUAUCGUGA